AUGCCAAUGCCUUUCGACUUUGCACCCCCGAAGCCCCUGAUUGAUCUGCUGGUGGAGAAAUCUCCAGCAUUGACCGUGAAGCUUUGGAGCAAGGUGGAUGUCUGGUUCAAGGCAGUGAAGGCCGGCAAGGGCAGCGCCAUGUACGACACCCGGAUCUACAAUGUGAUGCACGCGCUGGAAGCCAUGCCAAAGCGCGGGGUCCUCUUGGAGAAAGACCUGGAAGACUUUUGCAAAAAGGUGAAGGAGUUGACCGAAAUGGGCAAAGGAACCUCACUUGAAGACACCUUGAAAUCUGCCGCAGUGGUGGCCCUCCGAUCCGUUCUCUCCAGAGACAAGUCCCGCAUCCCCGCGAACGUGGUGGACUGGGUCAAGGAGCUCAAAGCUGGUGAUGGCUACAGCAAGAGCGCGGCUGAAGGGUUCAUUGAUGCGUACGAGGGGCGGAGUUUGGAAGGCGCCUACGAGCAGAUCAACGCCUUGAACACACGUUUUAAGGAGGCAUGCGUCGACAUGGACAGCCUGAAGGCCUACGUGGAUGAGAACGUCUCAGAUCUCAAGGACUUCAUCGCCUCAGUGGCGAAAAAGUUGCCGAUGCCGGUGAAAUUCACCACUGAACAAAAGUUCUUGGUGAAGAAGGCGAUUCUGUUGCACUUUGAGUGUCAAGCACCGAUCCGAACUCGGUACUGUGCUUUGCAGGAUGGUGCCACCUACACCACCGAAACCUUGGAGUGGAGUCGAUGGCUUAAGAUGGGUCUUAGUGCUGCGAAGUUGGGCAAGGCCGUGUUGAGCGCAGAUGCGAUUGCUGACAUGCCCGGGGUGGUGGAUCAGGUGAAGGGUCUCUACAACAUGUACAAGAAGGAAGAUGGCGAAGAUUUUCUCAGUUUCAUCUCUGAGCCAUUCCUGACAUCGGAAGAGCAAGACAAGUUGCUGAACCAACUGCGGGCUGCGAAUUUCUUUCAGAAGUUCCAAUAUGACAACCAGACCGCAAACUGGCUUUGUGGCAACUGCGCCUGCAUCUACUUGAAGGCUGGCUCAGACCGUAGUGCGGCCAGUCUGGAAGCUGCUGCUUCUCACCCAGAGGUCGAGCUGCCUUUCCCGUCGCUCAAGCUCGAAGGAGAAGGUGCUGGACUUCAGGACCGGGCAGAGAAUGUUGUUGGGGCAGCCUUGGAGGUCAAAAAGACCACUGGGGCCUGCUGCUCGCUGUUUGGCAUGAAUCUCUGCACGACCGAUGAUGGAGAGCUGAACCUGGGAUAA